AUGGAGCCAGCCCAAAUCGUCGAAAACUUGAGGCAGGGGGUCAACCCUGGGUUCCCGCCACAAGCAACGCAACUCGAAUACGCCCAGCUGCUGGACUCGCAGGAUGAAUUGCGACCGUUGCGCGAAAAGUUCAUAAUUCCAUCGAAAACAGGCUUGAGUAAAAGAAGCCUGGCUCCAGCUCAAACAACGUCUCCGGAAAAGAAUUUAGAUGAUUCUAUCUACUUGUGUGGGAACUCGCUUGGCCUCCAACCGCGCGCAACCAAAGAGUACCUUCAGAUCCAUCUGGACACAUGGGCAGAUCUAGGCGUCCACGGUCAUUUCACGACGCUUCAGGGCUCGCCAUUGGUGCAAUGGCAGUCAAUAGGAGAGGUGGCAGCUGCCAAAUCGUCCAAGCUGGUCGGCGCGUCCCCAGGGGAAGUGGUGAUCAUGAACAACUUGACCAGCAAUCUGCAUUUGAUGCUGGCAAGCUUUUACAAGCCGACACCGACCAAGAACAAGAUCAUCAUGGAAUGGAGGUCCUUUCCAAGCGAUCACGCAAGUUCCCUAUUAUCUUACGCGGUCGAAUCCCAAAUCCGCUGGCACGGCUUUGAUCCUGCCGAGUCUAUGGUCCUGCUGAAGGCGGACGAAGGCGGAAGUACCAUUUCCACACAAAGCAUACUGGCUGCUAUUGACAAGUAUGCCGAAGAAACUGCCCUGGUCCUUCUCCCUGGCAUCCAAUACUACAGCGGCCAGUUUUUGGACAUUGCAACCAUCACGAAACAUGCCCAAUCAUAUGGCAUCCCCGUGGGAUGGGACUUGGCUCACGCGGUGGGCAAUGUUGAGCUGCAUCUACACGAUUGGAACGUCGACUUUGCCGUGUGGUGCAAUUACAAGUACAUCAACGCCGGGCCGGGGGCCAUAGGCGGUGCCUUUGUGCACGAAAGGCACGGAACACGCGAUUACGACGCGGAGACAAAGUCUUGGAAGUACAGACCCAGACUCACAGGGUGGUAUGGAGGCGACAAGUCGGUUCGAUUUAACAUGGACAACGAAUUCAUGCCCACCCUCGGCGCCGCCGGCUACCAGCUUUCCACUACAUCUGUGGUGGAGCUUGCCUCUCUGAUGGCCUCCCUGUCCGUAUUUGACGAAACGUCCAUGUCAGCUCUUCGGACGAAGUCUCUCCUACUUACUGGAUACCUGGAAUACCUCCUGGAUGGUCUCCUGCGGGAAGAGACCACCAAAGAUGCCUUUCAAAUCAUCACCCCGAGGGACCCGCGCCAACGGGGAGUGCAGCUGAGCGUUCGGUUCAGGCCUGGCCUUCUCGAGCCCGUGUCGAAAAGUCUCAGUGCCCAGGGGGUUGUAGCUGAUCAGCGGAAACCGGAUGUGAUGCGGUUGGCUCCAGUGCCGCUGUACAACUCCUUCAAAGAUGUUUGGACCUUUGUGCAGAUGCUGCGACAAGCUCUGACCAGCUGA